AUGAAUGGCCAAGGUCUAUCUCCACGUAUCAAAAUUUCAAAACUGAGGCCGUUAGCAUCUAAUUCAAGGAAGCCUAGUGUGCCUAAAAGAAACAUUUUAAACUUAUCUCUUAAGAAAAAAGGAGAUCCAGCAAUAUCAUUUACUGCUUUUCCUCAUGAAAUGAGGACACCUAAGCAGCUGACACUUCCUAAACGAACUGACAGAGGAUUUCCUGUUCAUUUGUCUGACAAGUUUUCAUUAAACAACACUUUGGAAUCAUCCGCAAAUUCAUCAUUCAAGCUGAAUAGCAGCUUAAACCGCAGCAAUAACUGCUUAAGCAGAGACGAAACACGUAGCGCAAGGCCAAGUCCUAGAGCAAAGAUAGCAAUUAGGCAUAAAUCAAUAAGUCACGCUCCAAGUGAUCCAGAUACAUUAUUGCUGUUUCAUAAACUCCCUAUAUCCCCUCCAGAAGUUCUAAAAGAAUUUGAAUCUUUUAUGACGAAAUACGAACAAAAUGAGGUUUUAGAAUAUUCAGAAAUUUAUUUUCUUGGGUUAAAAUCCAAGAAAAUACAGCCAGAUCCUACUCAAGCCAAUUUUGGCUAUGAUGAUGACAGAUCUGACUAUAAAUUGGUAACUGGAGAUCAUAUCUCAUACAGAUAUGAAAUAAUUGAAAUCUUAGGAAAAGGAUCUUUUGGACAGGUCUGCAAAUGUCUAGACCAUAAAACUAAAAAACUUGUAGCUCUAAAAAUCAUUAGAAACCAAAGAAGGUUUCAUAGACAAGGAAAAGUGGAAAUUAAAGUUCUCCAGCAUAUGAACGAAAACGGCAAAGACUCAGAAGCUCAUUGCGUGCAAAUGGAAGACUGCUUUAUUUUUAGAAAACAUUUAUGCAUUACUUUUGAGCUGCUUUCCAUCAAUUUAUAUGAACUUCUAAAAAACAAUGGAUUUCAUGGAUUUUCCCUUACUCUUGUAAAGCGCUUUGGUAUACAGAUUUUAAUAUGUCUCGCGUUUUUAAGAGAGCAUAAAAUAAUUCAUUGCGAUUUGAAGCCCGAAAAUAUUCUCCUGAAGCAUCCAAAUAAAUCUGGAAUCAAAGUGAUUGAUUUUGGAUCUUCUUGUUUUGAAGAAGAAAAAUUAUAUACUUAUAUACAAAGUAGAUUUUACAGAGCUCCAGAAAUAAUAUUGGGGAUUCCUUAUACGGUAGCAAUUGAUAUGUGAUCAUUAGGGUGUAUUCUUGCAGAGCUGCAUUCCGGCUGUCCGAUUUUCCCAGGAGAAAGUGAGCAUGAGCAGCUGUUGUGCAUUAUGGAAGUGAAAGGACUUCCUCCCGAAGAGCUUAUGGAGCAAGCUACAAGAAAAAAUUUGUUUUUUGAAGAAAUGAAUCCAAAAAUUGUCCCGAAUAGUAGAGGUAAAAAAAGAUUUCCAGGAACACGAACAUUGGAAGAAAAAGCUAAAUCAUCAGACGAAGUCUUUCUAGGUUUUAUUGAACGUAAGCUUUAUUUUAGGAUGUCUUGAUUGAAACCCAUUCACAAGAAUGACACCAGAUGAAGCUUUUGAACACCCAUGAAUUAAAGAAGCUUUUCAAAAUUCACCGUCCAAUAGAAUGCUGCUUAAAAGUUCAACAGGAUCCAGGGGUGAUGGUAGUUAA